UAUGCAUUUAAUUGAAUUUCCUGUUUUUAGAUGCAAAGAGGGCAAUUAUUGAACAGUCACCAGCCUUUAUCCGUGUCCCUGAAGGAGAUUCCAUCAAGAUAACUUGCUUGUUAAAAACCGAGGGUGAAGAAGAAGGGGUUUACUUGAUGAGGCUUCAUGCAGCAGACAAGAAAGUGGUUUAUGUUCCAAAGGAUGGAAAUAAAAACACCUUUGACAACUUCGUCGGUCGUAUUGAGACCUCAGGCCCAACAAAGAACUUGACAAUAACCCUGCAGCAGCUACGGCCAAACGAUUCAGAUUUCUACUACUGCCUCGGUCUCAUGCGCGACGCUAACUUCCAAACUGGGAAGGGAACGGGAACCUUAGUAAUAGUUACAGAUCACAAUAAAAUUACUGAAAAGUUGGAAGCCCCUAUCAGUGGCCAGAAAGGAGACUCCAUCAAUAUAACGUGUGUGACAGAAACUAAGGGGAAGGAUGUAGAGGUCUACUUGAUGAGACAAUAUGUAGAUCCCAAGAAAGUGAUUUAUAUUCCAAGUAAUGGAAAUGCAAUCAUCUCUUCUGCAUUCACCAAUCGCAUUGAGUACUCAGGUCCACCAAAUAACAGGACAAUAACUCUGCAAGAGCUACAGCAAAAUGAUACGGAUGUAUAUGUAUGUGUUAGUGUUGUGCUUACUCCCAAUCUCUAUCUUGUGAAAGAAAUGAAUACCAUCAUGGUGGUUACAGAUGUAUCUCACACACAAAUGAAGAGUGUUCAUUGUGGGCUGGCUUCCUGGGUGCCCUAUGUGCUUGUUGUCUCCUUGGUGUUGACCUUGACUUCCCUAGCUGGCUGUAUCUUGCCACAUGUCAAAAUCAAGAAAUACUUCCAAAAUGAACCAAAUGCAGUUUAUGAAGAGAUGUCCUCCAGACGUAGCCACCGGGUGACAGCCAUAGACAACCCUUAUGAUAAUUGCAAGUAGGUUCCUGACAGCUGGAAGUAUGCACACAUCGACAGCUCCUGUUCCAUGUCUCAUUAAGGGCUUCUUGCUUCUCAGCACUGCAAGUCAUGCUGCACUGGAACUGACUUUUAUUCUUAAAAAAACCCUGUUUUUUCUUAUGUUAUUUUAUUAACUUGAUCAAUCUUAUAAUCCGCUAUUUCAGAACUAUUUUGCUUAUAGAAGGUUUAGACAAAUUUGUGCAUCUGUGCAGGUAAGUGUGUACUGGGGCAGAUGGUAUUAAUUCCUGAAGUGCAUAUUCCACUUCCACAAAAUAUACAUAGUCUUGUUCUUAGGAUUAGCAGCACACACAUGCCUCAGAGGAAAUGAGAUGGUGUGAGAGAUCCUGCUGCGGUCAUUGAGAGGUACAGGUGUACGUGUAGCUGUAGCUGUAGAUGUAGAUCAAUCAAUCUAUAGCACAAGCUUUCAUGAGUUGGGCUCACUUAAUCAGGUGCUUCAGCUCAAGAAAGCUUGUAUUACCUGCACACACACAUACACACCUCAGUUAGUUUAUAAGGUGCAUAAUCCUGCCUUCUACUUAAUUUCCAACUAACAUGGCCAACUAUGUCCAGCUUUAUAAAAACAUAGAUAUAUAAAUGGAUGCAUGUAUGCAUGAAUUUCAGCAUUUGCAACAAAACAUCUAGAGCAGGCAAGAGGGGCUAAACAUUCAACAAGAGAGACACUGCAUGGCAGUGUUAUUCAAAACCUUUCUGACAUGGAAACAUAUUCAAGUGCCAGAUUUAUGCUUGAUGCCAUUCCAUGUAAGUCAGUCAAAGUUCCACAGAAAUGAAGUUGCCCCUAUAAUCUAUGUUACUGGUCUUGCUUCAGGUAAUGGCAGGAAGGCUAGGGUUCUUGCAUCGUUUUGAUUAGUGAUGCAGUUAGAGGGGUGCUCCAGGAGGUUUGAGGAUGUAAGUGAGGUAUAAGGAGAUAAGCAGAUAAGGGCAGACUUAGGAUCUGGGACUUGCCUGAGGUUUGAGCUUUCCAGUCUUUAGGCAAGAAGAGGGUAAAAACCAAUGUAGUCAGCCUUUUAUUUUGCAUUUUACUGAAGAAAGUGGUCUUGGACUUGGUUUUUAAAGGGGCAGGGCACUUUUCCCCUCAAUGCUAUGUUUCAAUUUUAGAGCAGGGCACACUUCAGAGGUGUUUAGGGCUCCCCCAGGCUCCCUUCUUUGUGUAGCUGGGGAUGCUCAGCACUUCUGAGCGCCAGAGCACAGAUAUCCCAGCCAUUUAUGAAAAGUUUUGCUACCUCUGUGGUUUAAUCAUGAAGUGAUAUAGAAGAAAGAGCAUAGGGGGGUAAAUCUGUUUUGGCAGCUUUUGAAGGCAAUUUUUUUCCCUUUUAAGAGGAAAAGUUAAGGAAGGUUUUGUUUGCAAGAAAUGCAGUAUUGCAAGAGCUCAUUUAGUAGGUGUGAGGAGGAGAGAUGAAACCAUCUGUCCUUUGAGCUGGUGACAAGUUGUCUCUCUGGGAAAAAGGCUGAUUGAAUGCCUCUGCAAGUGUCUGGCCAACACAAGGAGAAAUAUGCCUGUGCAUUCAGUUAAUGAAGAUUUUCACUCUUUCCUUUCUUAUUGGAGUGGCUUAUUAUUAGCUAGCUAGCCAUGCAGGGGCAUGCUGUACUGCAACUCUGUAAUAGGCUUUUUGAAUGUUUAAUGUGUAUUUCAGACUGAAUUGCACAGCCAAACUAUGUAAAUAUGUUUCUGAAAAAAAUGCAUCUAUAAUAGUUAAUGCCUCACAGGAGCACAAAUAGGGAUGGGUAAGCGAGGCACCAGCAGUGGGUACUGAUUUGAGAAGGAGCACAAGGAUGGUGGCCACUGCCAGCCCAGCCACCACCACUAACCCACCAAUCACAGCCACCCAGGGCAGAGAAAUUAUGCCUCUUGCUGUCUUUUAUAUUCUUUGCAAAAUAUAAAACAUUGGUCAAUCUGAAACAUGGUCCCCAUCCCCUGCUGCAUCUUGCACCAGGGAUGGGAAGUCAGCCCAGCUGGACUGACUUCCCAUCCCAGCCUGUGGUCGAAACAUUUCGACUUUCGAAACUUUUCAACUAGCCUCGUUUUGUUUUGAGGCUAUUUCGACGGCCUUUGUUUUGUUCCGAUUUUGCUGUUUCGACCUCGAGAUUGCUUGAAACGAGACGGCCAGUGAAAUUUUGCACAGCCCUACAAAUUACAUUCAAGUCUUGUACUAGCAACCACUUCUAAUAGGCAAUUCCUACUCUUCAGGGAUUUCUAGAAAGUAUCCUCAUGUUUGCCGCUAUGCAUUUGAUUUUUUCAGCUUCAAGUGAACUGAUGAGGAAACUAACAGAAAACUUUUGGAUAAUUGUAGCAGUGCAGCAUUUAUAUGCUUGAUAAGAAACAAUCCUAGAAAGUUUUCUUCUGCAGCAGGAACUGAGGAAGAAACUACUGGAGUCAAAUAUAGUUCUGCAUGUUCCAGGCAGUCAAUGUUGUUUGCUACUGGUUACUUAGUACACAUCUGACUGACUUGCACAGGGUGUAGGCCACCAGCAGUGUUACAUUAUCACUGCUGCACUUUUCUCUGUUGUUAUACCUGCCAAAUCAAAAUAAUACAAAAGCUUUGAGAAUUGGCUCUUACUGCAACAGAUGGACCUUUUUACAUUGUUGGGUUUGUUUCAUGUUGUAUAUUUUCAAUAAAAUACUUG